AAUUCCAAAUUAUCAUCUUCCAAGUUUCAGAAAAUCUGAAAUUAUGUGGUCAAAUUGCAUCUUUCUCACUCUUUUUACUUUUUAUCUCUUCUUAGGACAAUCAUGCUGUCAAACAGAUACCCUACUGCAGGGUCAGUACUUGAAAGAUGGGCAAGAGCUCGUUUCAGCUUUCAAUAUCUUCAAACUCAAGUUUUUCAACUUCGAGAAUUCAAGCAACUGGUAUCUUGGAAUUUGGUACAACAAUUUUUAUCUUAGUGGUGGUAAUAAGAAGUAUGGUGAUAUCAAGGACAAAGCUGUUUGGAUUGCUAACCGUAACAAUCCAGUUUUGGGACGCUCUGGAAGCCUCACAGUGGACUCUCUUGGCCGAUUGAGGAUUUUAAGAGGAGCAUCAAGCCUGCUUGAGCUAAGCUCUACGGAAACCACAGGAAACACAACCCUUAAGCUGUUGGAUUCUGGAAAUCUUCAGCUCCAAGAGAUGGAUUCUGAUGGAUCGAUGAAGCGGACGUUGUGGCAAAGUUUUGAUUAUCCAACAGAUACUCUUCUUCCGGGGAUGAAACUGGGUUUCAAUGUCAAGACCGGAAAGAGAUGGGAACUGACAUCAUGGCUAGGUGAUACUUUACCCGCUUCUGGAUCUUUUGUCUUUGGGAUGGAUGAUAAUAUUACAAACCGGUUGACCAUCUUGUGGCUUGGUAACGUGUAUUGGGCAAGUGGGCUCUGGUUUAAGGGUGGCUUUUCGUUGGAGAAAUUAAACACGAACGGUUUCAUCUUCUCCUUCGUUUCAACCGAAAGUGAACAUUAUUUUAUGUAUUCAGGUGAUGAGAACUAUGGUGGACCAUUAUUUCCUAGGAUAAGGAUAGACCAACAAGGCAGUUUGCAGAAAAUUAACCUUGAUGGAGUGAAAAAGCAUGUCCAUUGUUCUCCUUCUGUGUUUGGUGAAGAGCUUGAAUAUGGUUGUUACCAACAAAAUUUCAGGAAUUGUGUGCCCGCACGUUACAAAGAGGUAACCGGGAGUUGGGAUUGUUCGCCGUUUGGGUUUGGUUACACUUACACCAGGAAGACAUACGAUUUGAGUUAUUGCUCGCGCUUUGGUUAUACUUUCAGAGAGACUGUAUCCCCUUCCGCAGAAAAUGGAUUUGUAUUCAAUGAGAUUGGUAGAAGAUUAAGCUCAUAUGAUUGCUAUGUUAAGUGUCUCCAAAAUUGUUCUUGUGUUGCCUAUGCUUCAACCAAUGGGGAUGGUACGGGCUGCGAGAUCUGGAAUACAGAUCCUACCAACGAAAAUUCAGCUUCUCAUCAUCCCAGAACUAUAUAUAUUCGUAUUAAAGGAGUUGUGGUAGACCAAGGGAACGAAAAGGCGGCAACUUGGUUAGUUGUUGUGGCAUCACUAUUUCUAAUAAUACCUGUGACUUGGUUGAUCAUCUAUCUUGUUUUGAGGAAAUUUAAAAUAAAGGUAACUGUUAUAUUUCGCGGAAUUUUCUACUUUUUAUGGGGAAAAGUCAUUCCACAGAUGAUUGGUUACAUACGGAGGAGGCUUUCAACACUGAGAGUUGGUUCAACAAUAGACCAAGAAAUGCUACUACUUGAGUUGGGGAUUGAAAGGAGACGCCGAGGCAAGAGAAGUGCAAGGAAUAAUAAUAAUGAGCUUCAGAUCUUUAGCUUUGAAAGUGUCGCUUUUGCAACAGAUUACUUCUCUGAUGCAAACAAGCUCGGUGAAGGAGGUUUUGGUCCUGUAUAUAAGGGGAGGCUAAUAGAUGGGGAGGAAGUGGCUAUCAAAAGGCUAUCAUUAGCAUCCGGGCAAGGAUUAGUGGAGUUCAAGAACGAAGCUAUGCUUAUUGCAAAACUUCAACACACAAAUCUUGUCAAGUUGCUAGGAUGCUGCGUCGAGAAGGAUGAGAAAAUGUUGAUUUACGAAUACAUGCCCAACAAGAGCCUUGACUACUUCCUCUUUGGUGAGCCUUCAUUAAAAGGCUAAGAAUCUAUAUAACCCAUCUGAAAAAUGUCUCAACUCUGUGUAGAUCCCUUGAGGAAAAUUGUUCUGGAUUGGAAGCUGCGGUUUAGGAUCAUGGAAGGGAUAAUUCAAGGGCUUUUGUACCUUCAUAAGUACUCGAGAUUGAAAGUAAUACACAGAGACAUCAAAGCCGGCAACAUUUUGCUGGACGAGGAUAUGAACCCCAAAAUAUCUGAUUUUGGAAUGGCUCGGAUAUUUGGAGCCCAAGAAUCCAAAGCCAACACGAAAAGAGUUGCUGGCACAUUGUAAGUGAAGAGUGACUAGAAACAAGGAGAAGAUUCUCUGAUCAUUUUAUAGACUUUCUUGUGUUGAUAUUAUUUGUAGUGGCUAUAUGUCUCCAGAGUACUUCAGAGAGGGAUUAUUCUCGGCGAAAUCAGAUGUGUUCAGCUUCGGGGUUCUAAUGCUCGAAAUCAUUUGUGGAAGGAAAAACAAUAGCUUCCACCAUGACUCAGAAGGACCUCUGAAUCUCAUAGUCCAUGUGUGGAAUCUGUUUAAAGAGAACCGAGUUCGCGAGGUGAUUGAUCCAUCUUUGGGAGAUUCUGCAGUUGAGAACCCUCAAGUGUUGAGAUGCGUUCAAGUUGCUCUGUUGUGUGUACAACAAAACGCAGACGAUAGACCAAGUAUGUUAGACGUUGUGUCCAUGAUAUACGGUGAUGGAAACAACGCUCUUUCUUUGCCUAAAGAGCCAGCUUUCUAUGAUGGUCCCCCGAGAAGCUCGCCGGAGAUGGAAGUUGAGCCACCGGAGAUGGAAAAUGUAUCGGCAAAUAGAGUUACAAUCACAGUGAUGGAAGCAAGAUGAGCUACUGAAUUUGAAGAAAACUGAUUGAUAAUGGAAUAAUGAUGACUGAUCGUAUGUGAAUCUCAUUGUUUACUAUAAACGUUUUACUUCUAGUUGGAUAAUGGCAUUAUGAUGACUGAUCGUAUAAGAUUCAAAGUAUCGUUUUCUCGUUCUGUCACUCGCUUAUGAAUUUGAAUACAAAAUUAGACAUUUCAC